CUGGGAGGUGGGGACAGUGCAGUGGGAAUGGUGGCUUAUCAGUUCCUUGUGCAGGGAAGGUUGGACUGAAAAUAACAUCCGUUUCCUCGUUGUGUGUAAUUUUCCUCAGUGAAUAUGGAGCAUAUUAGAACUCCGAAGGUGGAACAGGUGAAGUUAUUGGAUCGCUUUGGAAGUAAUAAGUCAGUUAUUGGAACCUUGUAUCUGACUGCAAGCCAUUUAAUUUAUAGAGAGUCAACUACAGUCAAUCCAAAGGAAAUUUGGAUAAUGCAUCAUCACAUUGCUGUAGUGGAGAAACUCCCUCUGACAACAGUUGGGUGCCCACUGGCAAUUCGGUGUAAGAACUUUCGUGUCAUUUAUUUCGUCAUUCCGAGAGAAAGGGACUGUCAUGAUAUUUACAACUCUCUACUUAAGCUCUCACGACCGGUAAGGUAUGAAGACCUAUAUGCAUUCUCGUUCAAUCCUAAGAAGACUGAAUACGAAAGAGAAGUAGGCUGGAAGGUCAUUAACUUAAAUGAUGAAUAUCGUCGUAUGGGGAUUCCAAAUGAUAUCUGGCAGUUAACAGAUGUAAACCGGAGUUACAAGAUUUGUGACACAUACCCAACAGACCUGUAUGUUCCCAAAAGUGUCACCAAGCCUGUUAUAGUUGGAAGUUCCAAGUUCAGGAGCAAAGGAAGAUUCCCUACAUUGUCCUAUUUUUACCAGCAAAAGCAGGCUGCUAUAUGCAGAUGCAGCCAGCCAUUAUCUGGCUUCAGUGCUAGGUGUCUGGAAGAUGAAAACAUGCUGCAAGCUAUAAGUAAAGCCAACCCCAACAGUCACUUCAUGUAUGUAAUGGAUACAAGGCCAAAGCUGAAUGCAAUGGCAAAUCGAGCUGCAGGUAAAGGAUAUGAAAAUGAAGAUAAUUAUUCCAAUAUCAGGUUCCAGUUUUUUGGGAUUGAGAAUAUUCAUGUAAUGAGAACGAGCUUGCAGAAAGUCAGUGAAGUGUGUGGAACCAAAGCUUUAACUUCAAGUGACUUCCUGAGUGGUUUGGAGAGCUCCGGAUGGCUUCGUCACAUAAAAGCUAUAUUGGAUGCUGGUGUACAGCUUGCUAAAGCUGUUGGAUAUGAUGGUGCCAGUGUCUUAGUCCAUUGCUCUGAUGGUUGGGAUCGUACAGCACAGGUCUGUUCUUUGGGUUCUUUGCUGUUGGAUCCAUAUUACAGAACAAUGAAAGGAUUUAUGGUUUUGAUAGAAAAAGACUGGAUUUCAUUUGGUCAUAAAUUUGCUGAAAGAUGUGGCCAACUCGAUGGGGACCCCAAAGAAAUAUCUCCGGUGUUUACACAGUUUAUUGAGUGUGUUUGGCAUCUGACAGAACAGUUUCCUCGCGCUUUUGAGUACAGUGAAGCUUUCUUGCUUGAGAUCCAUGAACAUGUUCAUUCCUGCCAGUUUGGGAACUUCAUUGGAAACUGCCAAAGAGAACGAGAAGACAUGAAAAUUCAACACAAAACCCAUUCCUUAUGGUCACAUCUUUUGGAAGAUCAACAUAAGUAUUUGAACCCACUGUAUGAUCCGAAUCUUCCUUGUGUACAUGAAGUGCUUGAACCAAACACUGUCUCCUUCAACUUCAAGUUUUGGCGCUGUAUGUAUCAUCAGUUUGAUAAAGUUAUGCAUCCCAGGCAAUCACAACUUGGACUAGUUCUGUCUCUCAGUGAACAGAAUAAACAACUGGAGAUUGAAGCCAAAAGGCUGGAGGAAAAAAUAAUAAAUUUGGGGGAAAAACCACGUACAGUUAUCAAAAGGGAACAUUUUCAUUCAGUUAGCCAGUUAUCACGGAUGCUAAAGACGGCUGAAAAUGUUUGUAAAGAAAAGCAAACAAUGAUGGAAAAUAACCCGAUUAGAACAGUGGAAGGUGGUAAUGCUCCUGAAGAUGGUUGUAAAGAACUCAAGUCUGGUUUCUCCAAAGCUGAGCCCAUAUUGGUUAAUUUGGAACUUGGCAUGGCAAAGAUGACCUGCUAAAUCAGAAAGAGACAGUCAUCACUUACCGAUCUUGGGAAGUGCUUCAAGAAAAUGUUAACUGAAAUGUGCUGUAGUAUGGAAAAAGAUGCUUGGCCUACAAACCCUUCAGUUCUGUGGUUAAUGGCACAAUUACGCACUAUUUGAUUUUGUUUCAAAAAGUAUAAAUGUCUCGUCAUUAUCUGAUAUGUAAAAUUUGAAUGGACUAAAUCCGAAAAUUUCAAUCUAAAAUAUGUACCAUCUUUCAUCUAAUUCCGAGCUAAAUCAGUGAGGUUGCACUGCUUAAAAAUUGUGAAUAUUGUAGUUGUAGAAAAUUUUCAUUCAACUGUUGUAGUCUAAAUGUUUUGCAGUGUGUUUACUAAAGAAAUUACCUUUAAUAAUUUGGGUAGUGCAAUUAAUAGUAUUGGUUCUUUGAAAGUUAGUAAUUUGUGAAACUUUAGCAUCUCUGCAACAUAAUGGGGAAAAUAAUUGUUUAUUAGAAUAUAAUGAAUAAUAUUGUAAAUACAGCAGAACAAUCCUGUUAUGGUGCAGCUACUGUUCAGCUACCAAAGUAUGAAAACCGUGAGACUAGCAUUGUAUUAGAUCCAAUGUAGCAGGUGUAGCAAUAGUGUCCUUCAAAUCAUGGCCAUGGAACCAACUGUAGAAAAUGGCCUGCAUUUGUCUCAUCCACUAUUCCUGCAGAAAACUUGAUGACAUCCUGUAAAAGCAGAUUUUUGAAAAAGGGAAUUAACCUGAAUGUUCUGGAGUUGAUUAUUACGUUGAUAUUUAAAACAAAUACUUUUAUGUAAUGCAUUCCGGGAGGCUGACUUUGCAUUGUCCAUAUUGUCUCAUAGGCUAUUUAUUCCUGAGCAAGGAUAUCUGAGAAUUAAGUCAGUAUUUUGUGGCAUCUAGACCCUGGGGGUGAGGGGGAAACUUGCAUUGAUCUGGCUUUGACAGAUUGUCCUUUGAAUGUCACCCACUUCUUUUGUUCCUUGUAUUUGUUGUCUAGAUUGGGUAAAUUUAAUAUUGGAAGUAUGUGUGAACUGUAUUAACCAACCUUGACUGUUAGUAAUGUAGUUCAGGGAUAAGCUUGGUUACUGUUCUCUGUCUCUUACCUAGCCUGAGGCAUAUAAAUGUGUAACGGGAGAAAAAAAAAUCAUCAUUCUUAAAAUGGCUCUUGGGAUUCCAAGACUCUUGUAAACAAAUGAUAUGUAAAUAUGUUUUGGUAGGUGGGGUAAAUUUAUUUGUAAGGAUUGAAAUUAUGUACUGAAUGCUGAGCUCAUCAUGCUCCCUAUUAGGUUGAAGCCUGCUGAAUCAUUGAAAAUAAUUUUGUCUGCCAUAGGAGUUCCAUACAGCUAGAAUCAGCAUAAAAGUAUUUCUCUUCUGCUCCUUCACCGUAGCUGAAAUGUUUGAUUUAUUUGCAAUAUUUUGGACUUGAUUAUAUGGUGUAGUUUUGAGGUCCAACAAACACUUCCUGUUACUUAGCUUAUAAAUAAGAUAUAAAAACAGAAUAGCGGUUCAACUUCAUGAAAUGUGCAGACUGUUCUUGGAAAUCAUCUCCAUAGUAGAAUAUCUCCAUAUUCCUCAGGGUUUAUGGCUGUUCCUUGCACUAAUAAUAUUAAUCUUGAUAUGUUUACAGAAGUUGAACACAAUCUUCAGAAAGUGUCAUUUGAAGGUUACAGGUUUUGAAAAAUUAGAAAGCUAUUCAAAUUGCUUUUUAUUGUAUAUGAUCACUGUGCAAAUACUAAAAAUAUUGACCACCAACCUUUAAGCCUCUUUAAAAGUCAUUAUUUUAUAUCUAUUGAUCGAAAUCUGAAGAUUUCGAUCAAAAUUACAAAUUUUGCAAUGUGGGGUGAGGCUGCAGAGCUGUGCUGCAUAGAAGUUUGUUAGAAUCCGUAACAAAGAACUUGGAGAGAUGUGUUAGAAUUUCUGUUGUGUGUUUUCUGUUAAUGUGGUAUCUGCACUUUAUUAUGGUAGAAGAUUUAAUUUAACAAUUUAGAAUAAUUACAAUUCAUGAGAGAACUCUCACUGUAAUAAUUUACUAACACGUGUACCAGGAUACAUUCUUUCAGAUGUAAUCUUAAAUAGGGAUCUUACAGGAAGUUCUCAUCCAGGUGACACUAUACAGUUUUCUUGUAUUGAUACUAAAUUAUGUAGAUUGUGCCUGCGGCUUUUUAAUAUGCAUACUUGGGCAGCUGGGCUUCAUAUUGGAAGUGAGCAUUUAGAAAAUUGGCCUUAUUAGUACUUUCUGAAGCCCAAAAGCGACCUGCUUGAUUCUCUUUUUAAAAUGGUUACCAUGCCACUAACGGGUAAAGUUAUGUGAAUUCUAUUUCGAAUAAUGUAGAUUUUUCAAGUUAAACUUACAAAGGGAUGAAUGUUUAAGACAAAUGUGUGUACAGCACUUUAACUUACAAGAUAAAUGCAAGUUCUUUGUCUUUCAUUGCAGUGUUGACAGACAUUCCGAAAAUUAUUUACUUUCAACCUAAACUUGUUACAAAAGUUGUGACAAAAUGUAGAAAGUUGCAUUUUCAGAGUUAAUAGGGGGCCUUGAUUUUAAUGGGUACUACCCAUGGAUAGUCAUGUGAGAACGAGAAAUGAGAGAAGACUAAGUUAAUUUAAAUCAGCCCCCAUUCCAUCUGAGGCAAAGAAUUCUGGAGUUCUCUCCAACAUUGCCUCUCUAUCUUUUGACACAUUGAUGGCCAUCACUAAGUAGGACUUGAUUGACAGAGUAAUGGGGAAGAAGCUCAAAAUAACAUUGGGCAAGAAUGAUGCUUUAAACAAAGGGGAAACAAUCUUGAAGGUUCACAAACUAAUUCAACUGUUCGUUUAAAUAACAUUCACUCAUUAAUUCAUGUAUAAAUUUAUAAAAUCUAGUGCACCAGGGACAGGAAAAACUGUUUGAUAAAUGUGUUUUUGUACAUAAAUAUUUGCAUGCACUAGUACCCUUCCUAUGGAAGCAUUCCACUUUCCUUUGGGGAGUUAGGAUAGUCACUGAGAAGGGAUAAGUUUUCCCACUGUGGGUGCCUUCAAAUCUUUUGUUCAACUAUGAUCUAUAAUGGCCUUUAAUAAGAUUUGGUGCUUUAUUUUAUGUUUUUAAUUUGAAUAUUAUGAAAUGUGGUUUUGCUUUUGCUCCAUGAUCCCUUCAAGAUGCAGACCGGCAUUUAAUGCUGCUGAUUUGAAGUUGAUAACUGCAUUACAGUAACUUAUGUUCUGUAAUGAGAGAACUGCUUGCACAGAUGACCUGACAUUUAAGUUGUAGGAAAUAUCUCUGUUAAAGUAAAAUGGUCAAAAAGACAUGUUUGAGCUUUUGGAUUUUAUAGCUACUGGUGCAGGUCAUUUAAUGGCAAUGGUGAGUAAUCAUUAGUGGUGUCCUUUUUCUUGUCGUAUUUUAUAUAUGUUAAAGUUUAGUUAUUAAAAAUAUUUCAUAUUUCUUGCCUGUGUUUUAAACACAAACAUUUCUAAAAAAUUUUAAGGCACCAUGUGGUGUAACGUAUUGCAGGGACCUAACGUGGAAAUAAAAAUAUUAAUGGAAGCGUGCUUAAAUAGUAUCAUCACAAAUCUGUUUUCAAAGUCAGAGUCUAGUUUUUAUUUACACAAAAAUCUUGUUAAAAGAUUGGAAGUGAACUUGGUGAAUGCCAAGUAAUAUUCAGAAAAUAAAUUACACAGAUCCAAAAGCUUGGGAUCAAAUACAUUUUUAAGUGUCUUUUUAGUCAAAAUAAUCAUCCUACCUCUAAUUAGGUAUUGCGUAUCUAUCUGUGUUUGCUAUAUUGAUCAAUAAAUUGUGGUCCCAAUUGUAGUUUUGGAGAAAUGCUGUACAACUGUGUGUACCUGUACUGCUGUACAGAGUUUUGCUGAUUGUCCUGGUUCAUAAAUACAUCUGAUAAUUUGGGAGUGUGUAAAAGGCGUGGGGGUUGGGACAUAAUGAAUGUUGGUAGGUACAAAAGGGUAGGGCUGGUGGGAGAGCUGACAACACUUAAAACCAGUAGGAAUGCUUGAAGCAACUGCCUUUAAUUUUUUAAAGUGCACUAAAAUUUCAGCUUUGAUGUUUUACUGUUAGACCCAAGGAUUAAUCAUUAACUCUAGUCUUGCUGUGAGUUCAUAGUGUGGGGUGGAGUCCUUUGUAUUGCUGUUUGAAAUGCUUAAUGUGAGGUGGUCUGAGUAUUCAGUGUAGCUAAAGAAACUCCAGGAAGACUUUUACAUAAUCUGGACACUGUUGCCUUAAGUCUAAAAACAAGCAAAAUAUAUUUGGAAUGUUAUUUUGUUUAAACUUUCUGUAAAAUAAGGCUCAAAAUGUUGAGCUAUUAAAAUAAUCUGUCAUUUUCCUUGUAUUGCUUGUAUUUCUAAAAAAAAACAAUAAAAUAUAGAAUCAUAGCAUCUUGCUAU